CUGGUUGUCGGUGAGUUCUAUUUUGUGUCAAAAGCAUGUCAUUCAAAGACAUCUAAGAGUUUACUAGUUUAAGUAAGAAUAAAUUAUUAUAGGAACAGUUACAUCGAUAUAAAUUGAUCUGUCAGCCACUAAAAAAGAAAGCUCAGUGAUGGAGUUUCCAGAAGGCUUUAACCAGCUUGACCUGCUGGAGUCUCAUGGCCACAUGAUUCCAGUGGGGACAAAGAGCGGCUGGGUGGAAGAGGAGGAAGGAGAUGAUGAAGAUGAAACCUGCCACACUGAGGAAUGGUAUCAGGAACAGGAGUUUAAAUUACAAGACACUCCAAAUGAACUGAUGUUAUGGGCCGCUGAGAAGAAUAGAUUAGCAACAGUAGAACGUCUCCUCACAUUGAACCCAACACUCGCUAAUUGUCAUGAUAGCGAUGGUUACACCCCUCUACACCGUGCUGCCUAUGGUGGCCAUUAUUCCAUGGUCUCUGCUCUUUUGAAUGCUGGAGCUAAUCUUCAUGCGAGAACGACCGAUGAUUGGAUACCGCUACAUAGUGCCUGUCGCUGGGGUCAUGCCGCUGUAGCUUCUUGUCUUUUGCAAUGGGGGGCAGAGGUCAAUGCCUUGACAACGGGCCGACUCACACCACUUCAACUGGCGGCUGGAAAUGCUGCAGCUGGAAAGACGAUUGAGCUAUUACUAUCACAGCGCACCCUACAGGCAGGACUGAAAAACAGUGCAGGAGAGACCGCUUAUGACAUUGCACAUCGCACAAGUGAACAUCACAGACUGUUUGAGAUGGCAGAGCCUUGUAAUAACAUAUACUGACACCUGUGUAAGUGUUUAAUUUCUGACAUAAAGCUUAGUGUUUUGUUGUGAAUUAAAGUUGAGGUGAUGCUAUAUGAUAAUUUUCUAUGGAAAAUAGGUUUGACAUUUAAAAAAAAAACAAGAUUGUAAUGCAUCAGCAGGCAGUUAAUAUGUUCACAACAAUGUGUAGGCCUAAUUAUAAUCAUUGAACGUUUUAAGCAUGUCAAGAAGGUUUUGUCUGUGCAUGAUGUGAUUUUCUUAACAUCACAGAGUUUUCGUUAAAGUCGAGACAAUUGUUUUUAUUUUUGUUAUAAUUAUGCAUUUGCAGGGAGGAGCAGUACCAUGUCAACCAAACAUUGUGUAUGUACACAACAAUGUAUGUACACAAUAAUUAUCUCAACUAUCUCAAUUAUCUCAACUAUCUCAACUACUAUAAACUACUACUAUACUUUCAGUGCAUAUAAUUUUUAACUAAAUCCGUUUGAUAUAUGUGGAUGUAUUGUAUGUAUUGUAUGUAAUUUAAGAACUGUAAUUGGUCACCAUUUAAAUUUUAUCGGAAUCUCUG